CAACCGACUCCGUUUACCUUUGAAUAACAAGAAUGUUUUUCUGGUAUUUGACUAAUGAAGAGUUUUUAGCAUCUCAGCAAACAUGUAAGUUACAGGUGACCACAGUCUGUGCAGGAAAGGACAAGUCCAUCACAAAUAAUAUAUCCACCAAAUAGCUACAAACAAUACGUAUAUGUUGUAGAUUACAUUUUCACACCAUACUGUUAGAUAAUUGCCAAGCUUUCAACAAUUUCCCAAUGUGCGAGUUUGUUAUGCGUUCGAAUGUGGAACAGAACCCGACAUUAUAGUGUAGCCUCAAUAAUCAGUCGUAUAUGUUAUUGUUUUUGAGGUCGGCAUGAAUUGUUAUUUCCUGAACUUUUUUUUUAUUUGUCAAAUGUUUUCCAAGACAUGUAAAAGUUGCUAUUCAAAUAUAUAUAAUAAACGUGGGGAUCCAGUGUAGGUAUUCUACAAUAAUCUGCCUUGGUUUGUGUCUAUAUCAUUUACCUGAAAACUAAUUUUACUCGUGAUGUAUAGGGGCUUCGCGCCUUGGCUUAGUAAAAAAUCUCAACUGUUUAAUUCAUAAACUAUUUUAAUUUUGUUUAACUCAUAAACGUUUUUAAUUCCCCACUCAAAACUAACACAGUCAGGCAAGAAAUUUUAAACAAAUCAUGUAUACAACUAUGGCAAGUAGCGUAUGUAAAUAGACGCAAAUGAAAAAUCAAACAAGCGAUAAAUUACCGAAAUUCAUAAAGUCGAACUGUUUAAACGCGGUGUACUGUCUCUCAAACUGGGUGCAUUUUGAGAGAAAUUGGUAUGUGUGUUUAAAGUCAAAAAGGGGGGUAGCUAAUGUUCUCCCCUAUGAAGGUUACAGCAUUCUCUUAGGUGUGCCGCGGCAAUAUCAAACCGGACCCUUUGCAAAGCAUCGGUACGGCUUCCACCAUGUCGGCUUAAUUAGGGACAUGGCUGCGUCGGCCAAUCAGAUGUAAUUACGGCUAAUAUAACAGUCUUGCAUCUCGCGCAUCGGACAUGCUAUGUACGUGUAUAUGCGCGACGUCUCUCACUUAAUUAGUUGACGAACAAUUGGCGCUAGCGAUUCAGCGUGUAACAAUUAAAUAUCAAGAACACACAACAAGUGUGGAGUCGGGUUGUUAUAAACAGCUUGUCACAAGCGCCGUGUUAGUCAGUAGAGCGAGUGACAGCUAGUGUGCGCUUGAGAGUACACCUAAGUAAUAUCUCUUAUUUUCUACUCUAAUUCAUUCAAAGCAAGGUUAUUUGUGUAGUAAAGUUACAAUUACGCAGCAAGUUUUUAAACAUCAAAGACGCGUCCCGAAGUUCUCAAUCCAGACGAUAGUUGAGGAGGACUGAUAUAGUUGAAGAGACUUGCAAGUCCGCGUUCACGUUUACAGCAAGAACAACAUUCUAAAGGAUUCUUCUUGGAGAAUACCCAGUGCUGAGGAUUUACCUAGACUGCGGUAAAUAUUAAAACACUGAGCAGCCAUCAAAAUUUCACAGCUAUUACUUGCACACUUUGAAGACUUACCUUAUAGAGGAUUCAGACGUUCGUAGACGUUUUCCACUGUCAAAGUUUGUUCAAAGUAUCAGUGAAGUAUCUUGAGGCUGACAUACACAGCUUCUCAAGUAAUCGUUAAAGCAAUUACUUAUAAGAUCUUAAGUGAAGCAAUAGAACUGUAGUUUAAACGAAGUUUAAAGAAAUCAAGUUUUCUAUAUCUAUAUAGAACAUUUUAACCUUGGUUAGUACAGUAAUCGAAAUAUCCUGACCGAAGCUAUGAAGUCCACAGGAUUCACAGUGAGUCAUAUAUUAGACACAGUUGACGAGUCGUGCAGAAGGGAUGAAAAUCGAGCUCGUAAUGGUAAAGACAUUGAUAGCCUAUCACCGCAGCGAGCCAGUCCAGAUAACAUCAAAAUUGAUAUAGUUCUCCAAGAGGCGGAAUUAUGGAGAAAGUUUCAUUCCUUAAUCAAUGAGAUGAUUGUAACCAAAAAUGGACGGUAGGGAGAUAUAUAUGUUUAUAUAUAGACUGUAGUAAAAUUAAAUAUUGCCCUGUCUCGCUUGAAAUAUUGCCCUGUCUUGCUUGAAAUAUUGCCAUCCUUAAAGUGAUGUUAACCAACUGAGCAGUUUACAUUCCAAUAUCUUAUCUUCUAUUCGAUUCGCUAGACGUUGACACGGAACGUCUCUUCUAGUGCGCUAAAUCAUCGCGAAUAUGACAUUAAUUAUAUACAUUUCAUUAAUAAUUGCAGUAAAGCUCUCGCGUUUUAAAUAUAGGCCAUGAAAAGGACAUAAGCUUUCGAUACAUCAAGUUCAAUUUCACGAUUCUAUAUAGACAAAAUAAGUCUGGUAGCGAUUCCUUAGACAUAGUAGUAUUGUCUAGCGAUAUCAAAAGUUGUCUGUUGCGAGAGACUCUUGUGUUUAAUGUUAAACAAUCAACGUGUCGGGUUUUAGAAUAAGUAAAUUUGUAAACUUUGUUAACUAUUCGAUCAUCUAGGGAUAUUUGUUCGUCAGGCAAUCGCUCUCAUAUUACUGUGAAAAAAUACAGCGUUUGGAAGAAUAAUUGAUACUUUUGUUUGUCAUGCAGUGCAUGUCAACGUGAUACAAGUCAUGCUUUGUUGCUUCUUCUCUGUUGUUUUCCCUCUGAAUGAAACUGAUUGCGUUUGGCAGUGUAUAAUGACGAAGCUAUAUAGUCGGCUUGGAUUUCGUGAAAGUUUGUGUGAAGACUUGAGGGUCCAGUGUAUAGGUAAUAUUCUUCAAUAAGCUAUCGUGGUCUGUGUCCGAAGAAGAUCAAACACGCUUUGAUGAAGAUGCAUGCUCGUAACGAAAGUGCAUUCGCUUAAAACGUUGAAAUGUUUUAUUUUUUUCAGGCAGUUUAGAUACAAACCACGGCAGGUUAUUGAAAAACUAUACACUUGACGCCCACGUUUAAGAUAUCUUUUUCAGGCAGUUCAGACACAAACCACGGCAGCGUAUUGUGGAAUACUACCUAGUACCUACACUGGGCAUUCACAUUUGAGAUAUCUUUUUUCACGUAACACAAACCACGGCAGCUUAUUGUAGAAUACUAUAACCUUGUACUGGGCAUCCACUUUUGAGAUAAUUUCGUCAUCUUAGGCUACGUUGACACUAUAUUGGAUAGCUUUGCGUAGCGGCAUGAAAAAGCACCAAUCCGAUACGGAAUGUACAACUUUCAUAAGCUGAGCGAAACAACAUCUCUCCGUUGUAAUAAUUCCUCUAAAAAUAGCGUUCCUACGAAAUACGAAUACUUGGUGUUUUUCACGUCGCUACGGAAAGCUAUCUCGUACAAGUGUAAACGAGCCUUAUAUAUACGUAUAUGGGCGAAUGUGUUCAGUUAUCUUAUGUUUAUUAUACAAGCAGUGUCCAGUCGCUAUCGAGCUGGAAAAGAAAAAUCAUUUAUCUCUAUGUUUAGUAUAGUAAUAUUUUCUCUACUUCUAUAGGCGAAUGUUUCCAGUCAUCAAAGUAUCAGUGAAUGGCUUGGACCCGCAUUCAAUGUACUCAUUCCUACUGGAUUUCGUUCCCGUUGGAGAAACAAGAUGGAAAUACGUGAACGGAGAAUGGAUCCCUGGAGGAAAAGCAGAACCCUCGAACCCGAGUAACAUCUACGUCCACCCAGACUCUCCCAACUUUGGCUCACAUUGGAUGAGACAGCCCAUCUCGUUCUCUAAGAUAAAGCUGACUAACAAGCAAAACACAAACGGGCAGGUACUUGUUAUUUACUAUUAUUCUUAUUAUGGCUAUUCAUUAGGAAUAUCGUCUUGGACGCAGACCCGACAUUGACAGCAUUCCGCCAAGUUGGCGAGGAAACCUGGUAACCUCUUUGUUCAAAACGAAAAUAUUCAUUUCAAGUUCUUUGCGUUGAAAAACAACCCUGUACACUUUUACUUUUAUAUACCCGUUUUUAUAAAACGCUUUGUGACACUUUCUUCCUCAGUGUGCGGUAAACCGUUGAGUGGCCACAAGAACAUUUUUUUAAUCGUUCAAUGAAAUAUUAACGAAUAUUAAAAUAGCGCGUGCACGGUCUUUUAAAUGCUCUUCCUUUUUUAAGCGUUUCUUGUUUGCUUCAACAAGUGACAAGAACAUAUAUACAUCGGGACUUCCGGAGUUUAAAGACAGAGGGCAUGAGCCGUAUCAUAAAACUUUAUUUAUAGCUCGUCAGUUCUAAAAUUGGUCUCUCUAAAUGCCCCGUAAUCUCGUAUAUUGCUCCGUGCUAUACCUAUACAGUAUUAUAUUAUAGGAGAUCCCAAUGAAAUUUUGAAACACAAUUCUCACAUACACUGGAAAAAAAUGUGAAAUCCAUACUACGAAAUUUGCAAUUGCACUACUAAAUCCAUAGUAUAUCCAUCCUAUUCCCAUACUAUAUCCAUACUAUAUCCAUACUAUAUCCAUACUAUAUCCAUACUAUGGAAAUAUACAAUUAUUAUGGAUAACCAAAAUCCAUUCUAUUUCCACUAAAGGUCCAUAUACAAUUUCCAUUCUAUGACCUUCUAUGGAUUUUCAAUUUUUUUUCCAGUGAUAUAUAUACGACUACAUGAUAUCAGUUAUUUCGUUCAUGUUUAGAUCAAACUGUUUAUCGACAGGUGAUUUAUUUGUCUUACGGAGUUUUUUCAGCGCAAUGACUGAAAAUGCAAAAUAUCUUUCCCAAACAGGGCUUGUUCUAUCCGUUUUCCCCACGUAGUAUUAACCUCAUGUUUUAAGUAAAUCUCACUUGCACGACAAGUUUUAUAUCUGAAUGAAAUGUAAACCUGGUCAAACAAUACAGCUUACAUGAAGUAACGACAACUUGCGAUAUUCUUCAGUCACUUGUAAAUUUCUUGGAAUGUCCGUUUCGAAUUUGACUACUCGUUGCUAAACUGUGAGUUUAAGCACGGUUAUAUCUAUUAACCGUUGUUUAAGGUAACCAGCGCUUGAGUUCAAACUAAACUUGAACUAAACUAACUAUAUUUAUACUGGAUAGCUCCUGAUAUCACAGGAAGAACUCUCUAUGAGAGAAAACCUGUAGUGUUUGCUAGAGUCAAAUCAAACUGAGACUACUGGAUAUUGUAUAGGAAUGAAACCUCAGACAAACUCAAAAAGCAAAAACGUAAAAGUCCAGAGAUGCGUUUUAUGCAUGCAGGUAUAUACGAUACGCAUCCAGUGCAUAGUACGCGUUCCGGCAGAUAUAUACGGUACGCGUCCUUCGCUCGAAACGUCGAAAUCCUCCUUAUAUUUUUCAUGUAGUUACAUCCUGCCAUCCUGUAGUUACAUCCUGCCUUGUUCAUGUAUUUCUACAGAACAUGCAUCGGAGCGAAACGAAGGCAUUAAAACCUUUCUCUCUAUACCGUUUAAUCCAUUUUCCGCAUUGCGCAGUCACUGACCUUUACCGCUUCAUAUAGGCUUGUUAAGUUCACCGUUAAUAGCUGGCAAUUUCCGGUCGCCUCGGCCUAAUCUCAUCGAUUAGAGGAAAUCCAUUAUGUUGACAGUUUGUACUUUUUUUGCGAAAUUUGUUUGCCAUCUGGAAGUAUCUGUGCUUAACUAAACAAUGUCAAAAAGCGCAGACAAAUACAGGGGAGACUAUUUAUAAAGUGUAAUCUUAGUAAAACAUAGCGAGUUUAGCACCUCGUGAAUUUAGUUUUCCUAUACGAUUUUCAGUUGUAAAUAUUUACUUCCAGCCAGAUAAAGAUGAAGACACAAGCAAAGUAGUAUAAGAUCUAGUACAUAUAGCUUGCAUCUUAUUGUUCCAAUGUUCUAAACUGUUCUCUAUAGAGAUCCAGUAAGGGUCAUCUUUAUUAUAUAGUGUUACCACAUGAGGAGGAAACCUAAACGAGUUCUAAACUGUUCUCUCUAGAGAUCCAGUAAGGAUCAUCUUUUAUUGAUCCAGUGUUACUACAGGAGGAAACCUAAACUAAACUAACUUUAUUUAUGCUGGAUAGGAGCUAUCAGUUCUAAACUGUUCUUCCUAUAGAGAUCCAGUAAGGAUCAUCUCUUAUUGAUCCAAUGUUACUACAGGAGGAAACCUAAACUAAACUAACUUUAUUUAUUCUGGAUACCUCUAUCAGUUCUAAGCUGUUCUUCCUAGAGAUCCAGUAAGGAUCAUUUCUUAUUGAUCCAGUGUUACUGCAGGAGGAAACCUAAACUAAACUAACUUUAUUUAUACUGGACACCUCUAUCAGUUCUAAGCUGUUCUUCCUAGAGGUCCCAGCAAGGAUCAUUUCUUAUUGAUCCAGUGUUACUACAGGAGGAAACCUAAACUAAACUAACUUUAUUUCUGCUGGAUAGCUCUAUCAGUUCUAAACUGUUCUUCCUAGAGGUCCAGUAAGGAUCAUCUCUUAUUGAUCCAGUGUUACUACAGGAGGAAACCUAAACUAAACUAAACUAACUUCAUUUGGAUAGUUUUAUGAUUUCUAAAAUCCUGGGGUGUUUAGCAGAGUAUAAUCACUCUUUUGUCCAUGAAUCUUAAUUAAGCGCGGCUAUCUUUAUACUGUUUUACGUUUACUUUCACAAUUUAAAUUUUGGGUCAACACAAUUCACUAGGCAUCUUAUUACAAAUACACGCUAACAAAUUAUAAAUAUUCUAUAUAUUUUUUCUAGAUUAUGUUGAAUUCCCUUCACAAAUACGAACCGAGGCUGCAUGUCAUUAAAGUUGGCUCAUCUAACGAACAGCAGACCGUUCUGACGCAUUCGUUUUCUGAGACGCAGUUUGUUGCAGUGACUGCUUAUCAGAACGAGGAGGUACGUGUUGUAGCCCAAUUGCCGCGUUUUUAAUUUUCACUUUCGCUUGUUUAAUGAGUACAUGCAUGUAUACAUAUCCAUUUUGCGAAAUUUUAAUUAGAGCAAUAGAGGACUUUGUUGUUGUUUGUAAAACGUAUACUUUCUUUCCAUUGCCAAUAUAGCUCUUUCACUUCUAAACUGUUCUUAUAUAUACACUAAGUUCAAAUUCUCUUUCUUUAUAUUGGAUAGUUCUAACAGUUAAACUGUUAACUGUUUUUCCUUGAGAUCCAGUAUAAGACGCCCUAUUUUGGGUAAAUAUACCAACAGGUGACAUUGUGCCUUUAAAUGGCGACGAAAGCUAUACUAAAUUAAUUUUCUUUAUACUGGAUAACCCUGUCUGUUCUAAACCUUUCUCUAUGCUUAUUGAUAUACAGGAAACCUUCAUGCAACUAACGUUAUUCAUCAGAUAGCUCUAUCAGUUCCAAACUGAUACCCCAGAGGUUCAGCAUAAGAAAAGGCGUAAUCGUGUUUUUUUCUGUCAAUUCGUCUUUUUAGAUCACGUCGUUAAAAAUCAAAUUUAACCCUUUUGCCAAAGCUUUCCUGGACGCGAAAGAACGGUAGGUGUGGUGGAUGCAAUCAGCUGUUGGCUGUGAUGCUAGGGCAACUGCAUGUCUUUGACAGUCCUGAACUUCCACAAUUUUAUAUAUAGUUCACUAAUUUUGCUAUCUUGUUCUUAGACACGACCAUAAGGAACCAGAAACAAUGCCAGAAAAUCAGACCUCUUGUCCAACAUGUAAGUUUUUACCCUUUUGUAAGUUUUUAUAGUUUGGGGCUGGUAUAUGGUUUACUGCGGAAUUUUAGUAUAGCAAAAUAGUAUAGGAAAUGGGCAUGAAUUAAAAUUUCGUACAUAAUAGAGUAGAAACACUCAUUAAUUCUUCGUCCAUGUUUUAUUGAAAUGUUUAUAGUUUUACACAAAUAAUGUGUUUUGAUUAUUACUUUUUUCUCGAAAAUUUAAUAUACGAAUAUUGCCACGCAUCUAUAUUGGUACUAUGUUACAGUUACAAUAACUUUUAGGGAUAGUGGGAUUCCUAUAGCUUCCCUACAGUUGAAAUGUAUCAAGAUAUGCCAUAUGGCUAUAGCAAUUUACAAUGUCAAACCUGAGUCAACUUUAUACUAUAUGUUGGGUUUCUACAUGUCUAUAAAUACAUGAUAAUGAUACUUCCUAUACGUGAGGUUCCUACCUCCCCUAUAUAGUUAUCAAGUAAUAUGCUAUAUGGCGAGUAUUUUACAGUUCCAACCCUGCAUGAGUCAAGGGUUUCUACAUCAGGGUAUAUAAAUACAUGAUAAUGAUACUUCCUACGUGAGGUUCCUAGCUCCCCUAUAAUUUAUCAAGUAAUAUGCUAUAUGGCGAGUAUUUUACAGUUCUAAACGUGCAUGAGUCAAGGGUUUCUACAUCAGGGUCUAUAAAUACAU